AUGGCUACCAAAAAUACAUCAUCAUCGUCGUCAAAUGAAGCUGAUAAAGUGCCAUCCAAUUUUUCCUUGUGCUUUAAAAAGGUAGCAUCAAUUAAUAAGCAACUGGAAGACAUUAACAACCGUCUUACCGCAGAUGAAAUAAAUAAUUUGGACGAGGCUGAUCUUUCUGUGCGUCUUGAAUAUGUUGAAAAAUUAAAUCAAAAUUUUGAACAGUCUGUAUCAUUUUUGGAAGAAACUAGUGAUGUUGAUAUGGAUGAUACGAUUCGAUCAAAUUUUAUGACAUCAUAUUUUGAGGUUACUGCCAAGCUUAAGCGCAAGUUAGGUGCCAACACCAAUCAACGUGCAGCUUUCCGAUCAUCAACUCUUCGCCAGUUUUCUGUGGAUGAACCAGUUACUGUUCGUAAAACAAGGUUACCGGAACUUCGAAUUCCCCAGUUCAGCGGUUCAUACACAGAGUGGCCUGCAUUCUUUGCAAUGUUUUCUACUGCAAUAGCAAGUGAUAUGGAUUUAUCUAACCUAGAAAAGUUUCAACAUUUGAAGACUAGUUUGACUGGUGCAGCGCUGGACACCAUCUCGUCUUUAGAGCCUACCGAUUCUAAUUAUGAAAAGGCUAUCGAUUUACUUAAGAAUCGUUUUGAUAAUAAAUUACUUCUUUUUCAAACCCAUAUUAAGGAAAUAUUUGGCUUGCAUAGUGUGGAUAAAAAUUCGGCUUUGAGUCUUCGGCAGCUUAGUGAUAAGCUUAACGCACACGUAAGAGCUUUGGAUACAAUAUGUUCCAAGGAGCAAAUGGCAGAUGGAUUAUUAAUUUAUUUAAUUACGUCAAAGCUAGAUUUACAAAGCCUAGCAAAAUGGGAGGAGCAUUUACAUAACGAUAAAUUGCCCUCGUGGGAUUCGUUGUCGUCAUUUUUGGAUAGAAGAUGCCGUAUGCUUGAAAAUCUUGAAAGUUCCAUUAAACCGAAAUCACCCAAUCAUCAG